AUGACGCAUGAGGAAACCAAGUUACGGAAACGACUGACUGACUUUCAAAACAAUCUCAGUACUUGGAAAGAAGAUCUAGAGAAGAAAACGAGGCCUGUCAUUGUUUCGCGCUUUUCUGAAAUGAAUGAGCUGAAAGUCUCGUUGCCGGCAGUGCAAAAUGAUUUGGCGCAAGCCAGGGCUUCGCUCCCACUCAUCAAAGAAAAGGAAGAUAAACUCAUGGAGGAGGUCAAUGUUCUUCGCACCAAAGUUUCUGAAGACAAGCAGUUGGUAUCUUCUGGGAUAGCUGGAACCGAGCGUCAAAAGGCACUGGCCAAGGCGAAAGCUGAAGGAUUGCUGAAGGGACUUAUUGGCAGACUGGGUGAUCUAGGCACCAUUGACAAGAAAUAUGACGCUGCUAUCUCCACAACUACUGCUGCUUUAGAUUCAUAUGUUGUAGAAACUACGAAUGAUGGUCAUGAAGCUAUUGACUACCUUGUAAAGAGAAAUCUUGGUCGGACUAACUUUAUUAUACUGGAUAAAACUAACGAGUUCAGGGACAGCAUGGAUACCAAAAAGAAGUUCCCUGCUCCUCGCUUAUUCGAUCUCAUUGACAUACCGGACACGCGGUUGCGAAAAGUGUUUUAUUCGACUGUAUUCGAUACGUUGGUAGUGGAUACGCUCAAGGAAGCAACAGAUCUCUCUAGGAAAGACCGAUGUUUUUCAAACUUGGGUGGUGUCAUUGUGUCAUAUCAUUGCUGCCCCAAAGGUUAUAAGGAAUAG